AUGGAGUCGAGUGAGGCCGUGACGAGCUGGCUGAACCAGAGCCUGACUUCACAAGCUCCGGCCAGCAACACAACAGACAACUGUAGCAGUGAGAAGACGAUGAAGAUUGUCCUCAUCCUCUACCUCGGCACUCCGUUGGAGUUGAUCGGGCUGAGCACCAGUCUUCUGGCUUUUGCCAUCUUCUUCUACGAUCGGUUCACGCCAAAGACGACGAAACUGCUCCUCCAGACGAUGGCGAUCAUUGACACCCUCUUGUUGCUAAGCGCCCUGGGCACGCUCAAUCUGAAGUCGGCCUAUCUGGACUUGGGCGACCGUUCCCCGCUGGGCCGGAGGUUGCGACACCUUCACGACCAGUUGAACAGUUACCUCUUCGUGUCGCUCAACCUGUGGGAGAUGGCACGCAAUUGGCUGACCGUCUUGAUCGGUCUCGAGCGCUAUCUGGUCAUCUGUAGGCCCCUGGAGGCGAGCAAGUACUGCACACGACGACGCACCCUCAUCGCCAUCAGCCUCACCCUCCUCUUCACUCUGUUGCUACGCAUACCCACGGUCAGUCUCGAGGUGGCCAAAGCGAGAGGAAUGAGUGAACGUGUCGUCAAAAUCACGCGACAAGUGCAUGCCACCGUCGAUUGCGUCUUCCUCGGAAUGUUGCCCUUCCUCUUGUUGGUCGUCUGCAGUUGGCAGAUUAUUCGAAUGUUGAAGAUAUCGCGUGCCCUCCUCGCGCAACGCAUUCUGCAACAGCGAGCCGAGUCGAUGGUCAACCAGUGCUAUUAUCUGUACAAUGUGGCGCCCAGGUUGACUCAGCCGUACGGUUUGACCAAAUCGGAGAAGUUGAGUCUCGGCUUGAAUGCGGGAUUCGGACUGUCGCCAGGUCGGUACCCCUCGAGUCAGUUGAGCCGGCGCGAGGUACAGAUGGACGGCGACCGAGAGACGCUGGAGCCGACCGGCGGCCGAUCGAGAGACAACGGAGCAGGCAAACAUGCCGGCUCGGGUCAGGAGGUCGGCAGACCAAGGCGACGGGCGAGGGCUGGGGGGGCUGAGAGUGAGACGAAAGAGAGGGCGGAAGAGGCGAAGGGUCACGAGGGAGCGAAUAACGAAGAGGAAGGUGAGGAGGAGGAGGAUGAAGAGGAUGAGGAGGAGGAGGAGGAAGAGGAGGAGGAGGAGGAGGAGGCAGAUGAGGAGGAAGAGGAGGAAGAGGAAGAGGAGGAGGAGAAGGAUGAGGAAGGA